GCGGCAAAACAAAUGUCAUUUAUGGUUGAUACAUUAUAAUAGAGUUGUAAGUUUCGAGCAUUUUCUAUUGUCCAAUUCAAUACUCAUUAGUAACCGGUUGGUCCUGUUCAACGGUUGCUGUUAAAGUAAAUCAUUGUGAGGAUUAUUCUGUACCUAUCGAUUGGAGUCAUCAUGAAAAUAAUGCAUGAAAAGCUUAGUGCUAUAGAAGACACGGAAAGUAUGUGGAAAACAUUGAUUAUUACUUUUACGGACAUUGUACACGAUCAUGAACCGCAUCUUGAAAAAAUUCUGAGCAUGAUCCGUACCGAUAUUACGUACGAUGAUCCUGGUCUUUUUCCGAAAACAUUAUUAAAUGAAGCAGAAAGACAUAGGUGCAGAUGCUCGAAUUAUUGGCUUAUGUAUCAAAUUCUCAGAAUAGCAUCAUUAGAAACUUAUGAAAGCAUUUCAGGAAGUUAUACCAGUUUACAAAAGGAAAUUAUCAAAGCUUCUUACAUAAAACAACGAUGGCUGGCUCUGGAUACAUUUAGAGAGUUCAUUAAGCUAUUGAACCAGAUGAAUGAUUUUAAAAAAGGGUGCCCGGAAGCAAUUACUACAUUUUAUGAUGCAUUUCAGAACGUCACAGCACAAGGCAAGCAGUAUUUUUGUGAAAAAAUUGAAAUUAAGUCCAUGGCACGUUGCCGAUUGGUUCGUUUGCAUUGCCUCCAUACCUUAAGCGAAGCCAUUUCAAUGUUGACAAAUCAACAAGAUGUCGAAUCCAUCCAAGUUGUAAAAGAAAUAACCUGCACAGUUCUGAAAACAUUAUCAGUUGGCAACAUCGAGGAGAAAAGAAUUUCUAUUAUUUUUUUCCAAAACUAUUUCAAACAUGUUGUCCAGGAGCGUAGUGGCAGUUAUCCUUUAUAUAAUAUGUUCAACAUGAUAAAUCUACUUGAUGUUUCGCUAAUGGGAUAUGAUACGUGGCAUUCGGCUAUGCUUAUGAAUCGGCGAGAAGUAGAAUAUUUUGUGGAUACAUCAACGGAACUAUUCAGUACACAUCAGAGGUCCCAUCAGUCUUGGCCAGUAGUUCCAAGAAAAUGGAUUGAUAAAAUAUUAACAGUGCUACUAUGUACAAGUUUGCAACCAGAACAGAAAGUAGAGAAUCUCGAAAAGCGACACCAAGAAAAAUUGAAUCAGACAUUAAUGGCACUCUUGCAGAAGCUGAAACCCGAACUAAUGCAUACUGGUUAUGUUCCCGAAUCCAUCAACUGGUUUGGAGCAAGUAUGAAGCUUGAUGAUCAUUUAGUAACUCAAAUUGUCAAACAGAUAAAUAAUGCGCGAUACAAUUCAGUCAAUAAAAAACAGCCGACAUCAGUGCACUUGGAGAGCGCAGUUUGGGCCAUAUUUCUAGUAAACAUAAACAAAAACAGCAAGUUACUAAAACGCGCCUUAAAUAUGGCAAACAAAAUGGAUUUUAAAUUACAUGCGCAGAUGCCAUUUUGCAGCGAAGGAGAUACUGAAUUAAAAAAUCAACAAUUCUUUUUUUUCGAAUCGAAAUUAGAGCUCCUCCAAGUACCGUCACUGGUUGAAUUGUUCGGCUCAAGGCAAAUGGAUUUAAUAAACGCGGUCGUUAGUGUCAUUCUUAUUAACGAUUGUUUGCUUCUGAAUCAAAAUCAGCAGCGCAAUCUCUUCCAAAUUCUGUUUGCGCCUUUUGAGGCGAACAAUUGGAAUGGUGAUGUAAACCAACGAUAUUCCUGGGAUACGCAAAUGGAUAAUGAACUUUGUCAACACGCAUUAGAACAAUUGUGCAAAUUAAGAACUAACAAUCUGCACUCCGAAGUAGUAAGCUGCUGUAUAAAAAAAAAGUUAACGUCACUAUUAACUUUCAUUGCUAAUACUGAACAUGGUUACGCUAUUAAACAAACACUCGUACACUCUUUCCAACAGUUGAUAUUGUCAUCAAAAAUCAAUUUAUUUGAUUUGUUUGAAAACGUCCUUGUGCCACUGCUGUCAACCAUUAAUGGUGAUGCAGCACUGGCUGAUAUAGUUGGAGUGUUUAGUUUGUUCUGCUGCCUUCGUUCGGAUUGCAUAGCCAGUUUUCGUGUAUUCCAGAUUUCGGAAACAAAACGUAGUUUUCAAUGCCGGGAAUGUAAUAACCGAACGGUUUCUACAACGCAUUUGGAAGAUUACUACAUACAAACAUCUUCUGAACAGUUAAUGGCACAAGGCAAGUCUAUUAACAUAGAUUCCCAUUUGCGGGCCUUUUUGUUGAAAAUAUCGCACACGAAUGAAGAAACAACUUUGCUAGCUAUGACCAAUUUCCUGCCCUGCGCUUUAAAACACUUGCCCUUGUUUAUGAUCGAUGGAGAAAUAGAAUCCUGCUGGAUACGUUUAUUUGGAAGUAAUACAGCUAAGGUUGGUCAACAACUUACUGAGCACAUUUAUGCUAUUUUGCAAAUUCUAUCAGCAUACUUAGUCAACAAACCGGGACGAUAUGAAAAUUUAUUAACCAGUAUGAUGGAACAGUUAUUGUCGGCUUCAAGGAUGUGCAUCAUGACGAAAACAACAUAUGCCGAACAAAUAAUCGUAGUACGAAUGGUUGCAGAAUUUUUAAAUGCCAAUUCCCAUAUAGCAUUGCGUUGGAAAUUGAUAGACGUCAAGGAAACACUAUUCCAUUGUGUGCGUAUUAUGAUCUAUUUACUGAUGCAUCCCGAAUCUCAUGUAACUCAUGAAGCAUCGAUUGUCAUCACGGAAAUGUGUGCACGACAAGACAUUAGUCCUAACAAAGUUCUUUCCUGGUAUCGUCACGACAUUAUUAAGCUAAUGAUGAGCAUUGCCGUAAGCAAUUAUAUAUUGGCAGGAAUUACACUGCACCAGUCGAUAAGCAUAGUGAGUUACACAUUUGAAAGUAGAGAUCCAGUGGAUUUCGUUGGAAAGCAUUAUAAAACAAUAAUGGCAAUGUUGUUGCCUUGGUGUCUUCGAUCCUCAAAAUGCGAGUAUCUUCUACGAGAAAUAGCUGUUAUCGUGCGAAAAGAUUUGGUGGCACUAUUAUCCACGUCUUUCCUGACAAUCUAUACAUACUUGUUUAUCAGCGAAUCUGUUGAAGUAACCAACAAAUGUAUCGAGUACAUCAUGAGAAUUACUGGUAAUAGUUUUUUUCAUUUGCUUCAUUCUGACAUCAAGUGUGUUGGAAAGUGUUCAAUAAUGGAUAUUGAAGUGUGCAAUAAUAGAAUUUUGAAUUUGUGUAACUGUGCAACAAUUGGAUUUUUGAUUAGAUAGAACAGUAUCUGAAGUUUUAAUUUACUACCACAUCAACCCAGAGUGUGUAAUGCACGCAUUUCGCAGUUUACUUUCCAAGGAUAGUGAUAAUGACGAGGUAUCAACAACUCGAAUCGCGGAAUAUAUUGCUGAAAGGUUUUUAGGAGUACUAGCAAAUUUAGAAGCAACACUUGUUAAUCCAGACGGAGAGAAGUUUCUCAAGCGAUUAGCGCUGCUUAGUCUGGGUGACAUUAUUCGGUUGCUUGGUGGGGAACACAUAACACCAUUUCGGUUCAAAGUUAUUGCUGUGCUCCGAACAGCUUUAGCUCUUCCAGAAGGAUUGGCUUUAGCAAAACAUUGCGUUAAUACGUGGCGUAUUUUUGUAUGCACGGUAGAUGUGCGACAAUUAGGUUCACUUUUAAGUACAAUAUUCGUUACGUUGGAGCCAUUAAUUGAUACAUACAAGGAAGAUAUUGGAUACAUAUUUCGAUACCUGGUCAUAGAGAACAAUAGUCUACUUGGUAAUAGUCUCUGUGAUCUGUUUUUUAUAGAAGAUACUAAUGUAGCAGAAAAUAUUAAAAAAAUAGUGGCAUCGCGUAUUCCAAAAUACUACGAUGAAAUAGGAAGUGAUCAAUUUGUUACCCGCCUUGAAGAACUUAUUCGACAUAGCAAUCAUGAAAAUUUAAAAGUACGAGCUUACGCAUUCUCCUAUUUAUGUAGACUUUGUGAACAUGGCCGGGCAGAGCUAAAUGAAGCUAUUUUGGGGCAACACCAAAGCAUAAGCCUUACCAUAAUAGCUACAAUGGUAGAAACGCUGACACGUGGACUUAGUGAACAAGAUGUAAUACUUCAACAACGAGCAGCAGAGUGUCUUGGAGAGCUAGGAGCUUUGGCUCCCAGUCAUUUGCCACCUAAUUAUGCCCCGACUGGUAUAGGUUUCGCAUUGAGCAUUCAUUCCGACUGUUUUGCCAUUAUCGCCUUGCGAGAACUAUGCCGAGCAUACCAAAGGCAAAAAGAUUCAAAGUUUGUCGAUAGUUUUUCACUUGCUAUACAGGAAAUAUUAAACGAACGAGGUGUCUCUCCAGAAGCAGAUAAAAAACGAGAAAUAUGGGAAACCAUCCCAGAACGCUUGCGACCAAUAAUGGAACCUUUACUAACAUCAUGUUAUACUACGGUUUCAAGAGCAUCGCAGACAGCAGUUGCACAUCCGGUAUUUAACAAUGUUGGAUCAAGUCACGAAUGGUGUUACCAAUGGGCGUGCCAAAUGAUAGAAAAUAUAACUGUUAACUCAACUCGUAACCUUCUACGAGCUUUUAAGCCAAGCUUGCGAUGUGAUAGAGGAACUCUUAUGUUGAUGUUACCUUACAUACUAUUACAUUCAUUACUACUCUGCGAAGGGAAUGAUAAAAGACAAUUUAUUGUAGAAGAACUUCAUGCCGUUUUCAACGGAGCCAUUGCAUAUUGCGAAAGUUUUUCCACGAUUCCUGCUGCCAACCGAGCAAAUGACAAAGUAGAUAUAGAAACUACAUCUGCAAAUGGAUUGAUUGUAUGCAUGACUCAGGAGCGGCAUGAUACAUCUGGCAAAGAGCUGGCUUUGCAAUGCGCUAAAUAUGCGUUUGGGUUAUUUGAUUUCCUUGAACGAUGGAAAAGACAGUACCUCAAGGAUGUUACAACAAAAGAUAAAGAUCUUCAUAAUUAUCAACAUAAUUUUGUUGUGGUUAGUACAUUCCUAAACAACUUUGAUAGCAAUCUAUUGGCGCAAGUAAAUUUUAAAUGUCAUGAAUAUGCUAGAGCAUUACAAUACGUAGAACACAGUUUGAAUGGCGAAGAUAAAAGUAUAAAACUACAAAAAAAGUUAUCAUUCUUGUGUGAACUUUAUUCACACCUCGGAGAUACAGACUCGGUAGAAGGUGUUAUAGCUUUGAAAGCCACAGAACCAACCCUGCACGAGUUAAUUCUAUAUCAUAAUGCUACAGGUCGGUUGCAAGAAGCUGUGGCGUGUUACGAGCGGUUAUUACAACUAACUAAUAUCGAGGAACAAUAUCCAAGCCUAAAUUUUUUAAAUAGUAUGAUCGAGUGUUAUCUACGGCUUGAUCAUCCGGAAACAGCAUUACUUCUUGCAGAAAGUUUACUGGUUCGAUUUCAUGACACCGCCCUACAUAAAAGUCUUCUGGAUAUACAGGCAGAACCGCUGUACCGACUAGGAAGAUUCGAAGAACUCGAAGAAUUGCUACUUCAAAGGCGAGCUGAUCAAUUGAGUGGAGCCAUCGAUGGUGAAUCACGUCACUGGGGAGUUAUUUGUGGUUCGCUUAUUAUUGAGUUUCGUCAACCGGAUUAUGCACGAUUUUGUUCAGAAAUACAACGAGCCCGAAUGUAUGUGUUUCAGGGUAGCUGUAGCAAACGUUCUAGUUCUCGUUCGUUAGAUGAACAGCUGGGCACAUACGAAAACCGUUAUGAUCAGGUGUUAAAAUUACACAUCAUCCAAGAGUUUGCUAAAUGUGGACAUAUAAUGCACACUCUGCGCACUCUACAAAAAGGUCAACGUAACGACGAACUUAUUACGGCAUCCACUGUAAUUGUUGACCUUCAGAAGCUUGUAACAAAUAUGAACGCCAGGCUAGAAGUACUACAACCGAAUGCUGCCACAAUAGAACCAAUCCUCAGCUUGAGGCGUAUACUUCUGAAGGAAAUGAGGCGCACGAUAGACGAAAUAAAUUGGGAAAAAAUCGACGACGACGAAAAUGUUAAUCGUCUGCGUCAUUUGGUUGAUCAAACGAUCGGACAACUUUGGAUGAAAAGUACAGAGUUAGCAUCGCGAGCAAAUAUGUACCAGCAGGCAUUAUUGUAUAUUUUACAUGCAGAAAGCUAUCGUCCUCCUGAUCUUUUCAUAAAAAAUGCUAAAUUGCUAUGGGAUCGACGAGAUAUAACAGGGGCAUUAAAGGUUCUUGAAAGAGGAUUGAAUGAAAUAUUGGGCGAUGUCCCUGUUUCUUCGGUUGAUAAUAAUCAUAUAAAAACUACACCCAAAGAGAUUCGUUUGAUACAAGCAGAAGGUAAGCGUCUUAUUGCUACAUACAAUGCUGAGGCGUCAAAUAUAUCAGCAACACUCAAUCGACGUUAUUUCAAAGAAGCAGUAGAUAUGAACCCGGAAAGUGAAGUAGCAUUAGUACAACUUGCACAAUACGUCGACAAAUUGUAUAGCUCGUGUCCAGCAGUCGAGCAAAAUUCAGCAAAUUGCUGGGAAAUGCUAUUUGAAGUAAUGAAGUGUUAUGGAAAAUCAAUGAUGUAUGGAUCAAACUAUAUUUAUCAAUCGAUGCCACGCGUAUUAAGUAUCUGGCUUGACUCUACUGCAAACACGAUACCAAAAUCAAGUGAAGGCACUAGUACUUCCUUGAAUAUGGCGCGAAAAAUCGCACAGUCGAUGAAUAAAUUGGCAAGCAAGUUCAAAGAUACAUUAUCGCCGUAUUUUUUUUUUACUGCUUUUUCCCAAUUAAUAAGUAGAGUUGCUCAUCCUUCCCAAGAAACGUUCAUAAUAUUGAAAGCCAUAAUUGUCAAAUUGCUCCUCUAUUAUCCUCAGCAAACUCUAUGGAUGAUUCUGAGCGUAUAUAAAUCAUCUUAUACCAUCCGGGUACGGCGAUGUGUAGAAAUAUUUAACGAUCGUCAGUUGCUGCAAGUAGAGAACAUGCAAAAGUUGAUAAAAGACUUUAAUGGAUUGGCUGAACGUCUUAUCGAGCUUACCAACAAAGAAAUUCCAGGAAAUCCAGGAGGCAUCAGACAUUCAAAACUGGCAAAUGUUACAGUUUCUAUCUUAGUUAAAGCUUUACCAAAACUGCUGGCUGAUAAAAACUUUUCAAAUAUUUUGAUUCCUAUUGAAAGAUGCAUACAACUAGUGCUGAAUAAAAAUACAGGGAUGAAUUUCCAACCAUACCCUACAAAUGCUAUAUAUAUUGCUGGAAUUUCCGAAGAAGUGACAGUGUUGCAUUCUUUACAAAAACCUAGGAAAAUUUCACUCCGAGGCCAUAACGGCAAGCUUUAUACAAUGAUGAUGAAACCUAAAGAUGAUCUGCGAAAAGAUUUCCGUUUGAUGGAGUUUAAUGCAGUUGUUAAGCAAUAUUUAUCGCAAGAUCCAGAUGCAAAAUUCCGAAGGUUACACAUACGCACAUAUGCUGUUCUACCAUUAAAUGAAGAGUGUGGUAUUAUUGAGUGGAUAUCUAAUCUGAACACAUUUCGCGGUAUCGUAUGCACGUAUUACAAACAGCGUGGACUAGGAAUGACGGCGAAAGAAUUAAGAAACUUUAAUUAUGAGCGCACAGAACCGCUUGCAAAGAAACGGCACGCCUUUGAAACUAUUCUUGUUCCGCGGCAUCCACCGUUAUUUAGUGAAUGGUUUCGAGAUUGUUUUCCAAAUCCCCAUAAUUGGUUUCAAGCUCGUUCGUCGUAUAUAAAAACGACUGCAGUUAUUUCGAUGGUUGGUUACAUAUUAGGGCUUGGGGAUCGCCAUGGCGAAAAUAUUCUGUUUGAUUCUACUAACGGAGAUACUGUGCACGUAGAUUUUAACUGCUUGUUUAAUCGAGGAGAAACAUUCACAGUUCCCGAGUUAGUGCCAUUUCGCUUGACUCAUAAUAUGGUAGAUGCAAUGGGACCUCUCGGAGUGGAAGGGCUUUAUCGGCGAUGCUGUGAAAUUGUUUUACGAAUUCUUCAAACCCAUGCAUCAACAUUUAUGUCUGUAUUGAAGCCUUUUGUUUACGAUCCCAUGGUGUCGUGGAGCAAGAUCACGUUUGCUCAAGGGGAAUCAAGCCAAAGGGAUAGCUAUUUAGAACGAACCGAUCCCCAAGCCAUGCACAAUGUGUUAAACAUUGAAGAAAGACUAAAAGGCUAUGUAAAAGUUAAUGGUAAAUUGUCACAUAAUCCACUAUCCAUUGAAGGGCAAGUAAACCACUUGAUUAAGGAGGCCACAGACAUAGACAAUCUAGCACAAAUGUACAUUGGUUGGUCUGGAUACACAUAACAAACAACAGCUAUGAAAAUCAUUUAAAAUAAAUCGAAUACAUAUGUCUUUUCUGUACUAAUAA